UGUUUUCUGCGCCUAAAGCUUGUAGUACUUUUAGUGAUAUUUCCAAGUGAUAGAGCCCAAUUUGUACUUGCAAUCGAUUAUCUAAUAAUUUAUGUCUUUGAUGGAUUGGUCACCAUUUAGAAUUCAUCAGCUUUCUUGGAAAGUUAUCCCUUCUAAUAUGAUACACAUUGUAUUUUAUCCCUUCCAACUGUAAAUACCUAGUGUUGCUCUUUUUCUAAUUUGUCUUUUAGCUGUAUUUCUUAUACUAUACAGUUUACAAAAAAUAUGAAAGCAAAAAUACUGAUAAUAACUUGUAAAAAAAUAUUAAUAAUUUAUGUCCCGUUUUUUUUUUGUGAUGUUGUUUAAAUUUUUGAAUUAUUUGAAACUAGAGAUUAUAUGUUAUACAUCAUAGAAUGGUGUGCUGCUUCCGACUAAUUUGGUAGAAGUAUUAGAUUUAGAGGUUAUUAAAUAUUGGGAAAUAUAUUAGAAACAAUAUUAUUAUAUUCACUUUGGGGUUUAUUCAUUUUGGCUGGCAAAGGGAAGUGCUUCAGCUCUUCAGCAGAUUCAGGGGAAGUAUUUGCAUGUAAUAUUUAAAAAAUUAAAAGAACCUUUGUAUAUCUAGGAUUUUCUUAAAAAUUUUAAUCUAUAAUGUUAAUUUUUUCAAAGGUUUUGGAUAUGAUAUUGGUAUGUGUCUGAAAUUUUGGGUAAUAUGGGAGGCAUUCUCAUGAAAUUUUCAAUAAGUUGUGGCAUUUUGAUGAAGUUUUAAAUAUAUCAGUAGAUUUUUGAAAUUUUUAACGAUAUAUUUAAAUUGACUGCUGUGAUUUGCUUUGCUUCGGUUUCGGGCCUGAAACUAAAGACUUUGAAGGAUGUGCCGAAGUGAAGUGUGGGUUAUAGCAUUUUAUUUGGAGAGAAUUUGACAUAGGUGAAUCUGAUAACAUUGGUUAGAAAACUGUUUAUUGCGGUUGUUCCUACAGGCUUGGACCCUUAUUUUUUGAAAUGUUGACAGUAUGAUUGUAUUGCUAUAAACAAAAAUUACAACUUGUCUAGUGGGGUUCAAAAGUUGGGUGCAUUUCAAAGAUCACAUACAAAAAAAUGGCACUGUGCACUCAAAAGAGAAGCAAAAAAUGGCACUGUGCACUCAAAAGAGAAGCAAAAAAGUAAACUGUGGAACUGAGCUCCAAAAAAUGCUAUUAGGUCCGACCAGAGACACUAGCUGCACCCUCUUUGCUAGUAGAUCUGCUGUAGAAUUUGCCUCUUGCCAGGUAUGCUGAAAGGAGUUGCGUAUAUGCCUGCAAAAAAGAAAUUUGCUGAAAAAUAUUCUCUAGGCGCCAUGGGCAGGUGGAAGCAUUGGAAGCCCUUUCUUGGACUUAUGAGGAAUAAGAAUUCAGAAUCACAGCGGUCUCCUGCACAAGAUGCUGUUAUUCGUGUCCAAACCAGGAUUUCAGAGUCCUUGGUUAUGGAGAAAGGUGCUAUGGUUUCUGCAAAGCUCCUUGUUCCUUCAAACCAGGUCGGUUGUGUGCUAGGAAAGGGAGGGGCAAUCAUAGCUGAAAUGAGAAGAGUUACAGGAACAAGUAUACGUAUUUUCGUGAAAGACCAAGUGCCAAAAUGUGCUUCAGCAAAUGACGAACUAGUCCAGGUCACUGGUAGCUUGCAAGGAGUUCAGGAUGCUUUAUUUCAUAUCACGAGCAAGAUACGUGAUCAUCUCUUUCCUAAUAAACCACAGCCCAGAGUUGGUCAUGGCCCUCCUUUUAUGUCUUCUACAUCAGAAAUUCCACCUCCACCCCAUGAUCCAUAUAGAAUGAGACCUGAGAUGGCCUCUUCUCCAAGAAUGUAUUCGUCAGUUGGGUUCUCCAAUAACAUCGAACGAUUCCCUCGUCCUCAUCAUAGUAUGGAUCACUUUGAAAAUGAUUCAUAUUUAUAUCGUGGUGAGAGGUCAGGAUUGGGUCCCUCUUUUGAUCGUCCUCCUUCUCCAAGGGCAUGGGCUCCUCAGCUGCUUUGUGUGCAGCCAGUAGGGGACAGUGGAACUCCUAGAGGCGUGACAGAUAUGGGAAGGCCUCUUGGUCCAAGAGGUUCAGGCUUAGGAAGUGGAAGCCAAUCUGCUGUCGUAACAAGUACCACUGUAGAAGUUGUAGUCCCUCAAUAUUUGAUGGGGUCAAUUUUUGGAGAGAAUGGAAGCAAUCUAAAUCAAAUCAGACAGAUAUCAGGCGCCAAGGUGAACAUGCAUGAUCCAAGACCUGGUGCCUUGGAAGGAUUGGUAGUCAUAUCAGGAACCCCUGAUCAAACUCAUGCUGCACAGAGCCUUCUCCAUGCUUUCAUUCUUAGUGGACAGUCAACACCAUGAUCCAUCAUAUUGUUGAAGAGGGGAGGAUGCACAUGUAGAUUAGACAAAAAUGGAAAAAACAUAUCCCCCGAUUUAUUCGGAAGUAUCAGAAAAUCCAAUUUUGUCUCAGGUGUGAGAAGUAUGGAACUCAGACAUUCAUUUUAGGAUUCUGAUAACUUUAGUGUCUGAACCCACACCUAUAUUUAUAUUAAUUGCUCUCAAGAAAGGGGGGCCUAUUUUUUGAAACCCUAACUAAUAAGUUUUCUUGAUAGAGUUUUGUGUUGAGGAAUACUGAUGUGUUUUUGUUAGUUGAAUUUUCUUCGAAGAUGGCGGCCAAAUCGGCUGCAUGUAAAUUAUUUCAGGUUGGCACCUAUGAGCCAAUGAAUGAAGUGUUAUCUAUAGAACUUUGCCUUGACAUUGGUUUACUCUAAAGUUUUGACUAAGAUUUCUUGGGUGAUUUUUGGCAUUUAAACUCCAGUUUUGGGGUAUUUCAAGAUGGGUUCUUGGAUCAUAUGGAUCAUAGCUGGAUGCUGAGGAUGAUAUGUGAAUUAAUUAUGUAUUGAUUGACAUAACCAGGAUUCAUUACUUCAUUAAAGUAUCUCAUUUAGCUGUUCUUUUUC